UGCUCAGGCCGUCGUCGUCGCCCUCUUUGUCAAGCAAUUUUCCGUUGACAAGAUGUACGCACUCUCGCUCGCCGUCUCUGCUCUGGCCGCGUCUGUUGUGUCUGCAACGCAGUGGAACAUCACAGUUGGCCUCAACACCACCACUAACGCCAGCCUGGUGUUCCAACCUGGGGAAGUGCACGCUGUCAUUGGUGAUACCGUGGUCUUUAACUUCACCACCGGCAACCACACAGCGACUCAGUCGACGUUCGCCUCGCCCUGCAUUGUGGCGAACGAGGUCAACUCCACGAUCAACGGUUUCAACUCGGGCUUCCGCGAUGCAGGCAACGAGACGGCCAUCACGCAGCUGACGGUCCCCAUCACGAGCAACGACAGCAUAUGGUUCUUCGACUACAACACGUGUGGCGAGGGUGGUGUCGGUGUGAUCAACGCGAAUGACAGCUCGACGCAGACGCUGCUCGGUUUCAUCCGCAAUGCCAAGCGUCUGAAUGGCACUGCGACGUCCUCCAGCGCGUCCUCUAGUGCCACCUCAACCGGCGGCGCGUCGAGCGGCAGCUCUGGGUCCAAGUCUGGGUCUGGCUCGUCUUCGUCCUCCAGCUCGACCGCGACGACUUCCUCUUCUGCCGCCGAUCGAAACAUCGUCGUUGGCGGCUUGAGUGUCAUUCCGUUGGUGCUCGCCGCGCUUGCGCUCUAAGGCGCUCAUAUUCGUGGGCAGGCAGUCAAAAGUGCCCGUCGCGUGCUCUUGUGCGGGUGCCUGUUUGUAUAUCCUGUUGAUGGCCUAUGUGUCCCUAUUUGUGUCUGCAGAUUUUUGUGCCAGUGGCGAAGGAAUCAAGGAGGGAUGGUUGCUUGCUGCUCGGUGCGGUCGUGGUGACUGUUGGUGGAUGGACUUUCGAACUGCUAGUUGCUCUGGCUGACUGACGAUAUGGCACCCCACAUACCACUAGGCAACAUGGUUCACACUCCCUCGUUGAUUCUCUAUACCAUGUGUUUGCUUCUGUCAUGUACCUCUUGGGCCUUGGCCCUUUUGUCUGUCAGCCUUGCUUCACCGUAUCCCCCCCUUCUGUUAUACUAU